AACUCACAGUUCCAAACACACAAAAAACACAAGAUCUAAAAAAAAAAGCUUUUAUCAUUUAGAAAAAUUUGGUUUCGAAUUUCUUCGAAGAGUGAAAAUGGCGUCUCAUCAAGAACAGAGUUACAAAGCUGGUGAAACCAGAGGCAAGGCUCAGGAGAAAACUGGGGAAGCUAUGGGAACGAUGGGGGACAAAACACAAGCAGCUAAGGACAAAACUCAAGAGACAGCCCAGUCAGCCCAACAAAAGGCUCAUGAAACAGCUCAGUCAGCUAAAGACAAGACGUCUCAAGCUGCACAAACGACUCAAGAGAGAGCUCAAGAGUCCAAAGACAAGACAGGAAGCUACAUGUCGGAAACUGGAGAAGCAAUCAAGAACAAGGCACACGAUGCAGCUGAAUAUACCAAAGAGACUGCAGAAGCAGGUAAGGAGAAGACCAGUGGGAUCUUGGGCCAGACCGGUGAGCAGGUGAAACAGAUGGCUAUGGGAGCUACUGAUGCGGUGAAGCACACUUUAGGGCUUCGCACUGAUGAAGGAAACAAAGAACAUGUUUCUUCAGCUCCAAGUACUACUACUACGACCACUACUCGUGAGACACAGAGGAAGUGAAGAGGAUAAAUAUUUGUUUCGUGUUCGUGGUUUUCAUGUUUGUUUGCUUUGAUUAGUGUUUGUUGCGUUCGUGAGGUUAUGCCGAUCCUUGUUGUUGUUUAUUGGGUUUGAAUGUACUUCUACGUAUUAUCAUGUAAUGGUUUUCUUUUAUAAAUUGGACACUAGUUAUUUCGGGUGAUUAGUACGGAAAUUACAUAAUUGGUAUUUUAUAAAGUUUUCGUUUUAAACUUUGCCUAAUACGAAGACAUUUACAUC